AUGAGAAGCGACAUCCUGGAGGAAGGGGGAGUCUGGACCCGCGUGGUGGAGUCCCUCGUGGUCUGGUGGCAUUAUGGAUACAAAUCCAAAACGGGGUGGCCAGAAUCCGUCACAUGGCUGGGCAUAUUUGAGCCUUUGCGCCGGGAGGCCCGUCAGCGACGGGAAUAUCUUUUCCGCAAAGCUCAAGAGGAGAAACUCCGGGCUGUUGAGGAGAAAAAGGAAAAAAUCAAGAAAGCACUUGAUGAGAACUGCCUCAUCCCCACGGAACUGCGGAAAGAGGCCCUCCGGCUUCAGAAAUCAAUUGAGUUUGAUGACGAGGGCGCGACAGGGGUGACCACUCAAGUGGACGAUGAGUACCGCUGGGCAGGCGUGGAAGACCCUCGCAUCAUGGUCACCACGUCACGCGACCCCAGCUCCCGUCUCAAGAUGUUUGCCAAAGAGCUCAAGCUGGUCUUCCCGGGGGCCCAGCGCAUGAACCGAGGCCGGCACGAGGUGGGCGCCCUUGUCCGGGCCUGCAAGGCCAACGGGGUCACGGAUCUCCUGGUGGUGCAUGAGCACAGAGGGGUGCCUGACGGGCUCAUAAUCAGCCACCUACCCUUCGGCCCCACGGCCUACUUCACGCUCUGCAAUGUGGUGAUGCGCCACGACAUCCCGGAUAUUGGAACCAUGUCGGAGGCCCACCCCCACCUCAUUUUCCACAACCUCACCUCUCGGCUUGGACAGCGGGUCACCAGCAUCCUCAAAUACCUUUUCCCGGUGCCCAAAGAUGACAGCAAACGGGUUAUCACCUUUGCCAACCAAGAUGACUACAUCUCCUUUAGGCACCACGUCUACAAGAAAACCGAUCACCGGAACGUGGAGCUCACUGAGGUUGGGCCGAGGUUCGAGAUGAAACUGUAUAUGAUCAAGCUGGGAACCUUGGAGCAGGAGAGCACGGCCGACGUGGAAUGGCGCUGGCACCCGUACACCCACACGGCUAAGAAGCGGAAAUUCCUGAGCAUGGAAUAG